UAAGGGGUUCUCCAGGACCAGGAUUGGGAACCAUUGACCUGACGUACCAGACUUGCACAACAGUAAUAACUCGUCCUCUUGUGCGCCACACGGGGGCGUUGUAGCCAGUGGCGCGCGGACUCCAGUCCUCCGGUAUCCCGUCAGCAUGAAGACAGAAGCGCGUGGAUCAGAGCAGCACAUGCUUACUCUCAGCUACUACUUUAACUAACUCACACUUAGCCAAGAUGGCGGAUUCCGACGACUGGGACGUUGAAAACUUCGAGCCAAGUGAGCCGAUCAAAAGUGGCGCCGGGCGGCUGGAUAGAUGGGAAGGCGAGGACGAGGAGGAAGACGUGAAGGAUAACUGGGAUGAUGAAGAGGAGGAGAAGGAAGAAGAGAAGAAAGUUGAACAGAAAAAAGCAGAGUUGAAACCCCCUGAGAAGAAAAAAUUAAGUGAUAAAAUAAAAGAGAAAGAAAUUUUACAAAAGAACAAACAAGAUGAGUUGAAAAAGAAGAUGCAAGAAACGGUGAGUGAGACACUAUCACCAGAAGAGCAGCAUGCAGAGAAGCUUCGACUGAAGAAAAUGCAGGAGGAGGCAGACAUGGAGUUGGCCCGUGAGGCGUUUGGUGUUGAUCCUGCUGCUGCAAAUGCCUCUACUACUGUUAUCACAACAAACAAUGCCUCUGGAAUUGAAGCCAUGUGCCCUUCAUCUAAAGAUGACUUUGUUGCAUUUGAAAAAUUACUGAAAGAUAAGAUAACACAGUUUGAAAAAUCAGUGCAUUAUUCUAGCUUUUUGGAGUCACUGUUUCGAGAGCUUUGUAUUUCAUUGGAAGUAGAUGACCUGAAAAAAAUAAAUAAUUCUUUAUCUGUUCUGCUCAGUGAAAAACAAAGGCAAGAAAAGGAAAAGAAGGCAAAUAAGAAAAAGAAGAAAGGUGUACUUCCUGGUGGUGGAUUGAAAGCAAACAUGAAAGAUGACUUUGCUGCUUAUGCUGGUUUUGACGAUGGCUAUGGCAAUGAUUUUGAUGAUUUCAUGUGACAAAGGGUCAUCAUCCCCCUUCCCAUGUGCCCAGAUGCCCUUGCAGACAUGCAACAUUACCCUUUCAUGCUUCUCAGUGCCAUCUUGGACACUGAACAAUGUGUCUACCCUUUACUUGGUUCCAGUGGUGACAGACUCCUCAUAAAGCUGCUAUCAGCCCAUUGCACCCUAGCGGCAAAUGGGGGAAAAGUACAUUUAUUCAGACGGCCUUGAAAUCUAAUUUUUAUUUCAAAAACAGACUGUAUGAUGUGGGAUAUUUUUAAUGGAGGUGUUUCCUCUGAUUGGCUUAAAUAAGCAUUUCAAUGCCUUAUAGAGAAUUUUGUAUACAAUAUCUCGUUUUCAUUGAAAGUGACAUGUUUUUAAAGCUGUGCAAUUUCAGUUACACAGAAGUAAAUGUGAUGCUCUAUGCAAAUUAAUUUCUUCCAAGAAUGUCCUUAUUGAAAUUAUGGUUAUACUUUUCUUGCAUAUUUAUGCACAAAAAUCGUAUCAGUUUUCCAAAUGUAAACCAUUCAUUUGAGAUAAAAAUGGGACAUUUGUCAGUUGAGUCAACACUUAAAGGAUGAAAGUAAAACAAAACCG